AAUUAGAAAAAAACCGGCAUUGAUUUUGACACCGCGCGGUCAACAAGAGCCUUGCUGCGCUUUUCCAUUGCGAAUUAUUCCCUUUCUAUCAGCGUCUCUUUCACUGGAAUAUUUUUUGAAUUUUCGAAUAUAUAGCGUGUUGUAUCCAUUUUGAAAAUCUCGACGCACCCCUAUCCUCCGGCGAAGCUUUGCUGUCCUUUGUGCACGAAACCAGUCUCGCGACACAUCAAAAGCAAUGACUUGGAUACGCCAAAAUGACCUCCCAAAACUUCGAGAAUACAAAUAUUCCGGUGUCGACCAUUCGUUGGUCAGUCGGUAUAUUCUCAAGCCGUUUUACAAUAACUUUGUUAUUGGUUUAUUUCCGAUGAACAUGGCACCCAACCUCAUCACUCUGACUGGCUUCGGUUUCGUUGUUUUGAACUUCCUCACAAUGCUCUACUAUAAUCCCACUCUGGAUCAAGACUGUCCGCCGUGGGUAUAUGUUAGCUGGGCGAUUGGAUUGUUUCUGUACCAGACAUUCGAUGCCGUGGACGGAAUGCAAGCUCGUCGAACCAAGCAAAGCGGUCCUCUAGGUGAACUAUUUGAUCACGGUGUCGAUGCUUGCAACACGGUUUUGGGUGUCCUGAUCUUUGCCGCUGCAAUGAACUUGGGUCAGUCAUGGGAGACGGUACUUACUUUAUGGGGAGCCGCCAUGACCUUCUACGUCCAAACCUGGGAUGAAUACUUCACUCAUAUUCUGACCCUCGGAAUCGUUUCUGGCCCAGUCGAGGGCAUCCUCACUCUUUGCUCAGUAUUUCUGUUCACAGCGUACAUGGGCGGCGGCAGUUUCUGGCAUCGCCCGAUGUUGGAAACUGUCGGUGUUGGCAAACCCGACUUCCUUCCUGACACCAUCUACGAAUUGCCUUUCACCUCCUGGUACAUGGUCUACGGUGCCCUGGUUCUGUUUUUCGCAACAGGAUCCAGCAUUAUCAAUGUCAUGGACGCCCGUCGCAAGCGCGGAGAGAGCCCGAUCACACCGCUGCUAGGUCUCUUCCCUCUCGCGAAAAUGUGGGUGCUUUUCCCAGCCUAUCUUUAUCUCCAACCGAACAUUUUGGAAAACCAUUUGGUUCCAUUUGUGCUCUAUGCCGGCAUCGUCAAUGCCUAUUCCGUCGGCCAAAUGAUCACCGCCCAUCUUCUAAAAACCUCUUUCCCUAUGGGUAAUAUACUCGUCUGGCCAUUGGCCGUAGCAGUGGUUGAUAGUCUAGGCCCGUAUCUCGGCCUUUGGCCUAGUGCGCUUGGAGACGGGAUCUACCAGAUUGCCUUCCUGUUUACCACCCUGGGUAUUGCAAUUGGCGUAUAUUCCAGCUUUGUUCAUACGGUGAUUGUGACGAUUUGUGACUAUCUGGACAUUUGGUGCUUGACUAUCAAGCACCCGUACACUGAAGGCCAAGAGCGCAGCAACGGGCACACCAAUAGCCACGUGAAGAAGCACUCUUAGGCCUUGACUUGCCAACUCGACGACUUAACUUAUAGUCGCAAACCACUUAAUUGCUAAUUAGUUCUCAACCACGAUUUACGACAAUCGAUGCAACUGUGCUGCAAUCCGACUACGGAGGGACUUAUACCAGACUGUAACAUCUAGUUUUAUCUUAAUAAAUAAUCUCUUCAUGCAUUUACAUAUAUAUACACAUAUAACAC